GUCUUGGAGCUCGUCGUCAGAGCAUGCUGGACUGGAAGGCGGCCAAGAUGGACCCGCCGACGCAGCGCCGGCAAACAUCCAUCGAAUCGACGACGUCAUCGAAUGCAUCGGAUGAUGGUGCGAUCCAGCGCACCAUAAGCACCGUAAGCACCAGCGACGGCCCGCGGCCCUUUAUGGAUCGUGGCAAGUGGACGCGGCCGAGCAGCCGCGACGCAUGUACGCAGUGCACGGACAAGUUUACAAUGUUUCGCCGUGCCCAUCGAUGUCGCCACUGCGGGCGCAGCUUCUGCAGCAAUUGCUCCCGUCACCGCGUUGCGCUGCGUGGUCAAACGCACAAGUCCCGGGUCUGCGACUCGUGCUUCCCACACGUGCUCACUGGCAGCGUGGUACCCGUCAAUUCGUUCAUUCACUCGCGCGCCUGGGUGCCCCGUGGCGUUUUCGCGCGUAUGCUAAGCUACCUCAACCACGUCGACCUCUGCGUCGUCUCGAUGACAUGUCGAUGGUGGUACAAGCGGGCGUCCCUUGACCUAACAUGGAAGCCACUCUACCGCAACGCCUUCCCAACGGACGAUGCCGCAAGCAUGGAUGCUGCUUUUCACCGCGACAUUCACGGCGUCGGUUUCGAGACGUUGCCAUGGAAGCAAAAGUUUGCGAUCCGGUGGACGUCGCAGCGCGCGGCGCAGCAAGCAGCAGCGAAGAAGAAGUCGUUCAAGGUCAUGGAGUCGCUCUUGGCGUCGCUAGGGCUUCAAAAGUACGGCCCCGUCUUUGAGCGCGAAGAGAUCGACAUUGAAGCGCUCACGAUGAUGAAUGCGGGCUACCUUCGCGACCUCGGAAUUCCAGCAGGCCCACGCGUGAAGCUGCUUAACAUGGCCGCUUGCCUCGUUGCCGACAUGGGCCAAGACGACGACGAUAUUGACGAGACGACAGCUGCUGGGUCGACGUCCGAAGGUCCCGUGACGCCCGCGGCCAAGUUUGCACAACGCAAGAAGGCCAUGAACUUGUACCGGACGUCGCUUGUGCGUCGAGUGCAGCAGUCAACGGUGCGUAUCGCCGUCUUGACUAUGGACGGCCAGCUACUCAACGUCGGGUCGGGCAUCGUCCUGCACGAGCGUGGGCUCGUUGCCACGGCAUUCCACUGCCUCGUCGGCGAGCGCUUCGAUGUCAUGUCGGACCCAUCGAGCUUCAUGGUGCUUAUUGCGCCGACCGAGUCGGCCUCUGAGCCACCUGCGUGGAAGUACCACGCACGCGCCCUACCGCACGUCUCGGAGGCCGAGCUGGACGUCGCUCUACUCUGGAUCGAGGGCGAAGUUUGGUCGGACCCACCAAGCGGCCUGUACAUUGGAGACGUCACGGAGCGCAGCAUCGCGCUCAAUUGGACUGUGCGCCCGCUCAACGACGGAUUCGAUUGGCGCCAUUUGAAGCUGCCGGCCGUCAACAUUGGCAACUCCAACAUGGUCGAGCCCGGCGAUGAGCUCUGGAUGUUUGGGUACCCGAGCAGCGGCCACAACACCAUCACCGUGCACCACGCGAUCUGCUCGGGCACGGAUUCGCAGCUUUACAAGGGCGUCGAGGUUCCCAAAGCCCUUCUCCGGUCCGCCGCGCUGCUCGACAAUGGAUUCUCUGGUGGUGCGGCUGUUGACAAGAAGGGGCAGCUCGUCGGCAUCAUUUCAUUUAGCCUCUCGCGCCAAGACCGCGUCCGAUCUAUCAGUAUGAUCAAAAGCGCGAUUGAGCUUGCCAAAAGCGAACGACUCAGCGAAGAUAUCUCGGAUGACGACGACGACGACGAGCUCCAUCAUCAAUGAGGCACACGUCGAUGUCGGUAAUAUAAAAACCAUAAUCCAAAGCAGUUCAUGGUGACGUAUUAUA